AUGCGCUUCAUCACAUCCCUAAAGGAGCGAUUAAGCUCGGAAACCCGAUCGCCCGAUCAAUCUGCCAAUCAAUCAUUCAUCGCUUCUGGGGCUUCGAAAGAUGUGGAACUGCGCAGUAAAAACAACAAUACGGUGGAAGACCAUGAUGUUGAGAGAAGCUCUGGGCUUCGAGAGCCUGGUGUGAGUAGCAUUGAGGCAGCGCAAGUGAUCUGGGGCAAGAAAGGACGAUGGUUAGUCAUCACUGGAUUAGCUCUAGUGAUGAUUGUGUAUGAGUUUGACAAUACGACUGUCUCAGUCUACACCAACUAUGCGACAUCAUCCUUCUCCGCUCUCUCAAAGCUGGCGACGCUCAGUACCGCCAGCGGCAUCAUCUUUGCAGUCGUUAAACCUCCAAUCGCCAAACUCAGUAACGUCAUCGGCCGAGGUCAAACAUACAUCAUGACUAUCUCCUUUUUCAUCCUUGGCUACCUUCUCAUGGCCUCCUCAAGAGACUUCAACGCAUACGCAGCUGGAUCAGUGUUCUAUACGGUCGGUCAAUCUGGGACCAACAUCAUGAACGACAUCGUCAUCGCCGACAUCACCACUGCGAGAUGGCGUGGCUUCGCAAUCAGCUUCUCGUUCUUUCCGUUCUUGAUUACUCCAUGGGCAGCUGCUUUCAUUGUUGAAGAUGUCGUGAAACCCGGCGGUAUUGGCUGGCGCUGGGGCAUCGGCAUGUUCGCGUUCCUGAUGCCCAUUGGGGCCGCCUUCAUCAUUUCAACUCUGAUUUACUUUCAGAGAAAGGCGAGGCUAGAAGGCCUGGCACCACGUCAGAAAACUUCACUCUACAGCUUCUGUUCUCAGAUCGAUUUGGGUGGUUCGGCUUUGCUUUCUGCUGGGUUCGCUAUGGUACUGCUGCCCUUGACUUUGGCCGCAGGUAGCGCAAGCUCUUGGAAGACGCCAUACAUCAUCGCUCUCAUAGUCCUGGGAGUCUGCUUGCUCAUUGCGCUGCCUGUCUAUGAAAAGUUCAUGGCGAGACACCCGAUCAUGCCCCCCAGUUACUUCCGCAGCCGAACCAUUGUUCUUUGUCUCAUCCUCGUUGCCAGCGACUCCAUUGGCUUUUCCUGCACUCACACUUACUUGUACUCAUGGGCCACUGUUGCACGCGGUUUUAGUGCGCGAGACGCAACUUUUUUUCAGUAUACCAACGGCGUGUUCCAGAGCGUGAUGGGCAUCAUAGCUGGACUCGCCAUGGCCUACACCCGCCGUUACAAGUGGCUACUAAUCGUGGCAGCCUUUAUUCGCAUCAUCGGAUAUGGCAUCAUGCUCCGCUUACGUGGCGCUGACAAUUCCGUCGGAGAGCUCUUCAUUGUCCAGAUUAUUCAGGGCCUUGGCUCUGGCAUCAUGCAGUUGUCAAUCUUGGUGCCGGCACAGGUCAUCGUCCCCCACCGGCAGAUGCCUCAGAUUACCGCCCUUGUUGUGUGCUGCUCUAUCCUCGGUAGCAGCAUUGGAGCCUGCAUUGCCGGUGGCAUUUACACCAACACGUUCAAGCCAACCUUAUACAGGUAUCUUGGAGCUGGCGCCUCUCCACAGCUUGUAGACUCUCUCUUCGACUCAAUAGUCGGAGUUGCGCCUGCGUGGGGUACUCCAGAAAGAACCGCAAUAAGCCAUGCUUUUACCGACGUCAUGAAAUCCAUGGUAUAUACUGCUGUGGGAGCAUCGGCUCCUGCACUUAUUUUGACAUGGUUCCUCCCCAACUUUGAGCUACCUGACCGCAAUAAUCUCGUCGAAUAG